AUGGACAAUUUUUUCUAUAACUUCGAUUCAGACGAGGAUUCUGAAGAAGAAUUGGAGGAAGUUGACGUAGAUUUCGAAGACAACGUUUUGAAGAGAGCCAUUGGCACGUUUAUAUUACGACUAAGGGCGUCAUCCAAUUUGAGGCAACCAAAUAUUGACCAGAUUUUACUCAAUUUACGAGAAGUAGUUUCUACUUAUGUAAGAACUACUUUACAUCACGUUGAGGAAGUUUUGGAGCAGAAUGGUAUAGAGUUACGAGAAUUUGUUAAUAUCCAGGAAGAACUCAAUUUAAUUAACUGUACUCAAAAUUUGGAUACGAAGCAUAAGCAGGAUAAAUAUUUCGAACAUGCAUUCUCAAUGAUAAAGCCUCAAAGGUAUGAAUUGGGCAGGAGGUUUAUCAGACAUGGAACCGGCACCUGUGGGAAUGACCGUCCUACAAAAUUACAUAAGGACGAAAUGAUGAUUGUUCCAAUUGCCGACGUUCUUAAACAAUGGAUAAGACAUCCUGAGUUUAGAGAUGUCCUUCAGCAGCAUAUUCCUCGAGAUAACUUAUUGUCAUCUGACGAAGAUGGUCUUAUCUUUUUCCAAAAUGCCUUCUUUGCUCAAUAUAGGGAUGCAUUUAGAAUUAUUCUUGGAUUUGACGAAGCCCAGAUGUGCAACCCAAUUGGUUCUAAAGCUGGUCCUAAACACAACUUAGGAAUGAUAUAUUGGACUUUGGGAAAUAUACAUCCAAUGUACAGAUCCAAUUUAAAAUUUAUGAAUCUGGCUGGAAUUGUUAAAAGCGAAGACAUCCAAAGGUACGGCAUGGAUGCCAUUCUUGCACCAAUUGUUGAAAAUAUUCAAGGUUUGGCAAAUGGUAUUGAGAUUGAAAAUGGGGAUAUAAUUCGUGCAAACCUAUUUGCAAUCUGUGCAGAUAAUCUUGGUCAGCAUAAGAUAUCAGGAUUUAAAGAAGGUUUUACUGCGCAACAUCCUUGUAUUUCCUGCGAAGCUAAUUUACAUGAUGUACGAACAUUAACAACCGAGAAUGUUAAUUUAAUUAGAACUCCAGAAAGUUAUUUACGUCAAGUUUAUGAAAUUGAACACGCUGUUGGCGCAGAAAAGAUAAGACUUUCGAAACUUUACGGCAUUAAUCGAGAUACAAUCUUAAACCAAAUUGAAAACUUUAGUCCUGUUGUUAAUAUUCCUCCAGAUGUUAUGCACACUAUUUUAGAAGGUGUUUUUCAUAGAACAAUUCAGCUUUAUUUGCGAAAAAUGUGCCUUAUAGAUCAAAGAAUUACACUUGAUGAAUUAAACGAUAAACUGCAGAAUUUUGAUUACGGCUAUACUGAAUUGUUGUGCAAACCGUCUGUAAUUAAAAUGCAGCAUUUAACAAACAAUUUCCACCAAUCUGCAUCACAAACAUGGCUUUUAGCAGUAAUAUUACCACUUAUUUUGAGAAGUAUAGUAGACGAAGAUUGUGAGUAUACUCACAAUUUCUCAAAAUUAUUAGAAGUCUCGUCUAUUGUAAUGGGGCAUUCGAUUAAUAGAGGAAUGAUCGACUACUUAGCUAUGUGUAUAGCAGAAUACCUUACCGAUUUUAAAAGGUUGUACUCCGACGAAAAUAUGAACGUUGCGGAAAAUAUGGAAAAUAUGAACGUUGCGGAAAAUAUGGAAAAUGAGGUUAUGCAUAUUGACGGUGAUAUUGCGAUUGAAAAUAUUGGCAACGAAAAUGAUUCUGGUGAUGAAAAUGAGCCUUUCCAAAAUGAAGAAGGAAAAAAAUUCACACCAAAACAGCAUUAUAUGACUCAUUUUCCUCGCGAUUAUGUAAAAUUUGGUUCACUAGUUCAAUUUUGGUGCAUGAAAGUAGAAGCCAAACAUGCUUUAUUGAAGAACAAAGCAAAAUGUGUUCACAAUGCAAAAAAUCUUGCUUUCACAUUAGCGAAUUGGCAUCAAGUGAACCAAACUUUCCAAAUGACGCAUACAUUACUGAAAGAGGUUGUGACUGGACCAAGAAAAGUAAGAUUGACCGAGACCUUACCAUUUCAACAUUUAUAUCCAGAUAACCCAACACUAACAUUGGUUUCAUGGGUUAGAUAUAAUGGAACAAAAUAUACCGCCAGGAAGUGUUACAUUCCAGUAGGGUACAACGAUCAAAAUUUCUUGCCACUAUUUGCUGAAUUAUUCAAUAUUGUUAUUGAAGAUAAUUUGCCAGUUUUUAUAUGCCGAUUUGUCGAAACAGUCGAACAUAAUGUUCGACUAAUGGCUUAUAGAGUGGUAACUGAAGAAAACAAUUAUGUUAAAUUCACGUUUAGAGACCUCAUUUCACCCAAUGUGUAUCACAGUUCGUAA